GGUACUGAGCAGGCAGAGUGGUGGGACACUGCCUCCUUGACGGAACUGAUCCGACUCAGCAGACACCAAGCAAGACAGGCACGACUAAGAUGGAGUGAGGCACAGUCAGUGAGACAGCUGAAAAAAGCCAACUCUAACACUUUGCUUUUUACUGCUGCCAAAAAGAAGGGCAUCAAAAAAGGGUAAGAAGCUUCACACUGGUUAGCUACUGGUACAGCUUCUCAAAGACAGAUUUCAGGACGAGAAUGAGAUUGUACACUACAAAGUAAGUCAGGACAGAUUGCCACUGAUUCUGAGAAGAAUCCUGCUCAUUUAAUAUUUAGAACCACAGGACUGAUUUGAGCUACAACAGAAUUUCAAAGUACAGACCAAGUCAAACUUGGAAACAAUGGAGCAUCUUCCACAUACAAAAGGAAAGGGAGUCUUGAUGUUUGCCAAGAGGCGUCAAAGGAUGGAUGAGCUUUCCGCAGAACAAGAGAAAAUGAGACGAAAAGGCAUACCAAUGGAUGCGUUUGUUGAACCAGAAGACGAAACUGUUAAACCUCCUCCGCAGGAAGAAAGUACACAAGCCCCACAAGAUAUCUAUGUAAGGCAACAACAACAGUAUCAAGACCAGUCAUUUCAGCAACAGAUGUUACCACAAUCAGCAAACGGUAUGAAUGGUCUGGAUCCAUAUCAAGGUUCGGCUGUUUCCAGAUCCCUUGUCUCCAACAGAACUGCUAAGCCCUUUCUGGGUGGUCAUAAUCAAGGACAAAAAACUUUUUCACCAGUCAGCGGUGUCUCAAGCCCAACAUCUAGGAAACCUGAAAACAUAUUCAAGGUUCCUGUUCCAGUAAACACAACCCCACAGGUUUGGUCCCCCACAUCAGACACCAUUGCUUCACGUGAUGAACGUAUUGCUAUACCUGCAAUUAAAACAGGGAUCCUGUCAGAAACUAAAAGGAGAGGAGCAAACAAGACAGACUCAAAAGAGAAGCCUCUGCUUCAGAAAAAAGGUGAUCAGAAGUCCUUAACAGAGUCAGCUCCAGAAGAAGACUUUCUCAGUCUGGGUGCAGAAGCAUGCAAUUUCAUGCAAGCUCCAAAAAUCAAACAGAAAAACCCUCCACCUGUUCCACCCAAACCUGCCAUCAACCCAGCUCACCCUCCUUGGUCUGCAGAGGGUCGUGCCGUGUCUCAGAGCCCCCUUGCAGCAUCAAGCUCAGUUCCAGCUAUGGGGCACACCCAGGUGCAGGCAGUACCCCAACAAAACCCACCAAAGCAGCCUGCUGGAAAAGCCUGGUCCCCAUUGUCAUCUCAACCGAUACCACAGGAGGCAUCACCUGCUUGGGCUCCAUCCCACACACCAGAUCUGCAUCAACCAGCCUGGACUCCAGAACCACAUCAGGCAAAACAUACACCAGAUUCACUCUGUGCUGGUCCUUCCCAGUCUAAAACAUCAUGGAUUAGAUCAAGUGAUGGUAACUCUGUUGCUUCCUGCCCACCCCAACGCCUGAGCACAUACUUUCAGGGAUCUAAGGCUCCAUCAUCUUCUCCUAAAGGGUACUCAUCAGAUGCAGGUGCUUCUGAGGGACUGAACCUUAAAGGAAAAGGAGCUGAACUGUUUGCUCGAAGACAGUCCCGUAUGGAAAAAUUUGUGGUGGACGAUGAGACUGUGAGAGCCAACAAAGCCAGAUCCUCAUCGCCAACAUUUUCAAUGCCAAGCACCUGGAAAUACUCUUCUAAUGUCCGUGCCCCACCUCCAGUCUCCUACAAUCCUAUUUUGUCCCCUUUUUAUCCCCUUGCAGCGGUUAAACAACCCCCUCCUGCAACUAGUCCAAAGAUAAAGUCUAAAGCAAACAAGGAGCAGAAGAAUCCACCACCCAAACAUCUCAAUGUUCUGGAUGUUAUGAAACAUCAGCCUUAUCAGUUGAAUUCCUCGCUUUUCACCUACAACUCCACUCCAGAGGCCAAGGAAGCAGUUCCCCCUACAGAGUCUAAGCAAACUUCUGCUCAAACCCCUACCAGUUUCCAGUCCCUUGCUUAUGAGCCCUCUACAGCAUUCUCCCCCUCCCCAAAUAGUUUGCAGUCAGUUAAGCGAAAUUCAUCUAAAGCCACUGGAGAGGUAAGUGUUCUAUACCCCUUUGUUCGUCAUUCUACAUCAAAUGAAGCCACCAUUAUUCCACAACAGUUACAUGGGAAAAAACUAGCCAUGCACGAUGGCCCUAGAAACAAAGGCAUCUCAAACUCCUCCCUGCCUCCUGGUAUCUCUGGGGGCAAUGUCUGUGUAGGGUCUUCUUUACCCGUGAAUAAUGAAUAUGCUUCACGGUGUGCAUUACCAGUGGCUCCAAGACCAAAGUUUUCGGCCAAAAUGUCAAACACUGGAGGCAAGAAAUGGAAACCAGUAAUUUUGCAACAUUAAUUGAGUUUUUUAAGCAUAUAUUCAAAACAAUAUGUUUUGCCAGAUUAAAAAAGUGCUGUUUUUGCAGUUUUAUUAGUUCAAUUUUUUUUUAUAGUACAAUCAACUCAAAAGAUCCAAGAAAAUUUGUUUCCUGAAGUCAUAACCCUUUAAAUGACUCAAUGCACAAGAUAAGAAUUCCCUACAUUAUAUAACAGUUGUACUAUUUAUAGCAUUUAUAGAUUAGAUGGAUUUUUUUAUUAGUUUAAGUUUUAUUGUGAUAUGUUUCCACAUUAAUGACAGUUAAGUUUAUUUUAUUUUUUAUUUUUUUUAGAGAAAAACUGUUAAACAUUUUCUCUUUGUCUUGUGUAUAGCAACACAACACAUUUACCACAUUAUGCCAAGUGUUCCUGGAUGGUAAAAAGAAAUGUAAACUUAUUGGUCAGCCAUGUUGUCUGGCCAGGCAAAGCACCAAUGAAACAAUCUGUGUUAAAAGCAUUAAAUGCAAUGUUUCAGGUCAAUAUACUAGAUCUCCCCUAGGAUUGAGCCUGCUUUGCAAUUUCGUCAAACCUCCAAAUCAGUUGUUGGUGUAGUGAGGAAACCCUUUCACAGGUUCUGCCAGUACAUGGUUUUAAGACCAUUUUUUUGUGGACAUUUGAAGUAAAUCUAAUAAUAGAAUUCAGAAUACUUUAUAUGUGUUAUAUAUUUUUAAAAUUAAAUAGUUAUGCAUUUAGCUGACACUGCUGUUCAGAUACAGUGAACAAAGGAUGGGUGUACAGAAUAUAUUUUAGCAUAUUUAUUUGUACUAAUUCAAAUAUCAUUAUGAACUGUUACUUCUGUUGUUAUUUCCCCUUGUCAUUUCAAAACUAUUGCACUUCCUGAUUCUUCUGUUUAAUAAAUA